AUGAGACAGACUUCAGUCUUGUCCGCUUUCGCGGCUGUGCUCACCGGAGCUGUUGCCAAGUCCACUUCCAAGCUCUUCAGUGGCGCAACCAUCAUUGGAUGGGAUGAUUCUACAAACCUCCCUCGAAUCACCCGCGACGGCUACCUCCUGGUAAACGGCGAUCGAAUUGCCAGCAUCACAGAGUCAAAGCCUUCGUCCUUGCCUGACGAUACCGAGAUCAUCGAUGUCACUGGCCAGAUCAUCAGCCCCGGUUUCAUCGACACACAUCGACAUGGUUGGCAGACAGCCUUCAAAACUUUGGGAUCAAACACUAGCCUCGCUCAGUACUUUGGAAGAUAUGGGGAGUACGCCGCCUCCACCCACUUCACUGCGGAUGACGUUUAUUGGGGCCAACUCUCUGGGCUCCUGGAGGCUCUGAACGCUGGUGUCACAACUUCACUUGACCAUGCUCAUCAUACAUGGUCCAAUGCAACGGCGUACGCUGGGGUGAAUGCCUCGAUUGAGAGCGGUGCCCGUGUGUUUUGGGCGUAUGCAUUCCAUGACAUUACACCCCUGAACUAUACCGUGGAAGACCAAAUCCCCAACUUUGUGGAGAUCGCAAAUGGAGACCUUCUCAAAGACACCAACGUCGAGCUGGGAAUUGCCUAUGAUGUCUUUGGCUCAAACCCUCCUAUCGCCAAGGAGAUUGCACGUCUCACUCAAGAGUACAAUGUCUCGGUACUGACAACUCAUGCCCUAUCGGGUCCUUUCGGCAUCACCAAUAUGCCGGAGGAUGUCCACGCCUUGGGCAUUCUCAAUACUUCCGUCCCGGUUGUCUUCUCUCAUGGUAGCUUCAUAACAGCAGGUGGUGCAAAUCUCCUUCGAAAGACGAACCAGUACCUGUCAAUCACGCCCGAAUCUGAGAUGCACUAUGGUCACACGCAUCCCUGGUCCUACUUCAUCCAGGAUCAAGCUGCCCUUGGUGUUGACACUCACUUCACCUUCUCGACGGAUAUCUUGACACAAGCGAGGAUCUGGCUACAGAGUGCUCGUUAUUAUUUCUUCGACAAGGUUCUCAACAACUUGGAAGUUCCCAGGAACAAUCCCAUGAGUGUUGUCCAAGCCUUUUCUCUUGCGACACGUGCUGGUGGGCUCGCACUUCGGCGAGCGGAUCUUGGCGUCAUCAAGAAGGGCGCAAAGGCGGAUCUGAUCGUGUGGAACGCGGCUGAGUCUCCGGCUCUCCUGGGAUGGACUGACCCGGUGGCAGCCGUGAUGCUGCACGCCAGCGUUGGGGAUAUUCUGCAUGUCACUGUAAAUGGAGAUUUUGUCAAGCGGGACGGUAAACUGACGGCGAGCAACUACAAAGAAACCAAAAAGGAGUUUCUACGCAGCGCCAAGAAGAUCAAGGACGCAUACCGGAAGUUUGAGUAUCCAGUUCUUGAAGGCGAGUUCAACAACGGUGGUUACUUCUACGCGUCGGCGCAGACGGCAGAUACUGAGAGGGGCGAGGGAGAUGGAUACGGAGAACUGUACUUGUAA